GUGGCGCAUGCGCAGUGGAGUGUCAGUCCGGCCGCUGUAAACAUGGCUGGAGUCGGAUUCAGAAAAUGGGCCCAAGCGAUCACAAAAACCAAAGGAUCCGGUUUAUCCGCGCUUCUGUCGGGAUGUAGAGCGGCCUCUGGACCAGCCAAGGGCUCUCUCCCUGGUCCAUACCCCGAGACCCCAGAGCAGAAAGCUGCAGCCGCCAAGAAGUACAACAUGAGAGAAGAGGACUACGAGCCGUACCCAGAUAAAGGAGAGGGUUACGGUGAUUAUCCAAUGCUGCCAGACAGAUCGCAGCACGAGAGAGACCCGUGGUAUCAGUGGGACCAUCCAGACCUGAGGAGGAACUGGGGAGAGCCGAUGCACUGGCACUUCGACAUGUACAUCCGUAACCGUGUGGACACCUCUCCCUCGCCUGUGUCCUGGUCCUCCAUGUGCAAACAGCUCUUCGGCUUCCUCGGGUUCAUGCUCUUCAUGUUUUACCUUGGGCAGGAGUUUCCAGCUUAUCAACCUGUGGCCCCGAAACAGUACCCGUACAAUAACCUGUACUUGGAGAGAGGAGGAGACCCAGAGAAGGAAGUAGAGGAGGUUAAAAACUUUGAAAUCUAAAGGUUUAAAUCUGCUCCUGUCUCGUCUGUGUAUAUAUUUCUAUUAAAAUAAAGACUUAUGUGACAAUA